AUGAGCUUGGAAACGCCGACGGUGGUGCUAACGGGCCGCGGGAUCGAGAGAUCUCUGACCAUCGACGAGCCGGUUAUCCAAUUUUUGCCGAUGGUGCCUUACACUUGCGGCCAGGACGCCGGUUUCGCGAUCGAGAACGCUUCCGAUUAUCCUGUCGAGUUUUUCUGGCAUCACGUGGACCGCUCGUUCCAGAUGGACGAUCAAGUCAUAAACAUUUUAUUGGAUUAUUACGGAGCCGAGGAAAUACUCCUGCCCCCCGGCAAGCCCGGGGAUCCGUUACCCGCGGAUUUAAUAAAGUUUUACAACGAUCUCGUCGACGAAAUGGCUCGGGUUCGAUCGAUUCAGGAAUUAGAACAGCAGGAAUAUCCAGGAAGCGAGUGUCGUCUCGGCGAGAGCACAAGUUACACGGAAAGUCUGCGCGACGCUUCAGACUUCCGGAACAGAAUGGGAGAUCCCGUGAAAGAAUAUUUCGAGAGUAUCGAGCGGAAAUCCGGCCCGUUGAACGAUCUUCCGGACCCUGCCAGACCGGCGAAGAAAGUCUGCAUUAUUUUCCACGGAGCUCCUUUCACCGAGUACCAGGACGCGGCCUGCAGAAGCGCGAGAGCACUCUCAGCCCCGGUGCUCUCGAUCGACAAGGCGAUCACGGAAGCCAUAGCUCUCGGCGAAAGCGAACAUUCGAUUACGCUGCGACAGAUCAUCGACGACGCUUAUCAGAAUUACACGGAAGCACGGGAACGGCGCAAGGAAGCGGCGGGGAGCGAGGGGAAAUCGAAAGGAAGUGACCGGGCCAGGGCGAAAUCACCUCGCAGCGAAAAAACGCUCGAUACAUCGCGGGAAGGGAGGCGAAGGGGGACGGAAAGAUCCCCUGAAACUGAAGCGUCGGAGGCGAAGCAAGAAGCGAUCCUUCUUCGACUUCCGGAGGAAUCGGAUCCUUUGAUAGAAUUGAAUAAAAUCCCCGAUGCCGACAGGCUGGAAACGCUGGAUCCUUUGAGUCGAUACGAGUACAAGAUUCAGGCUAUUCUGCAGUUCGAGAAGAUACUGGGAAAAGAUUACGCGACCGUAAGUAGCCCGCCGAAGGAUAGCAGAAGCGCCCGGGAGAAUUUGAAGACCACUUACCUGGGAGUCGACCCUAAACUGCUCGUCGAUGUUCUCGUGGAACGGCUCUCCACGGAAGACUUUAAACACGGCUUCGUCCUGCAAUCGUUGGAGAGCAAGUUGCUGCACGGUAACCCCGUCGAAACUCUGCUGUUGCUGUUGAGGAUCGUCGGCCAGGCGGAGUACUUUCUGUUCGUCACGUUCCUCAACUCGAUGGCCAAUUACAAUCGGCGUACGGAGGAGCUGCUCCGCGAACACGGUGAACCACCUAGACGUAGACAGUUCGAUAAGAAAAUAUCCGCGUGA